UCCGUGUCGCGCAGUCGCAUAGCUGUUGCUGUUCGGUUGUUUUCCAUGUUUUUUUUCCCAGUCGUCGACGAUUGUGAAUUAUUGAAUACACAAAAAGAAAUAUUCGAUUUGAAAAAUUUUUUCUAAACUGUUUUUUUUUUUUUUUGUUAAGAACCGAUCGACGAAUUCGCGACAUCCGAAAAUGCCCAUUUGCGAUGUGUUCAAAAUAUUAUUAUAAUAAUCAUACUAGGUACUACUAUUAACACAGUGUAAUUUUUCUUUGGGCGAAAAUAAACACAAACGACACACACACACAAGACACCGUGAUAUUUUCCAAUCUAUAGUCAAGAUACACGAUGGUAACGAUGGUCAACGGCCAUAGCAGAAUUCCAGCAGCGGUUUCCACCGGAUCAGUCUCGGUCGUUUAAAUGGUGAUAAUGUGAUGAUCGUCGUGAAAGCCAAAUGUCACUAUUCGUCUUGAACCGACCAAGAAGCUAAAUUAAGUUCUUCGUCCUAACUGGCGGUCUACCCCCGAUGAAGGUCAUGGAAACAGACGUGAGUCAGGACUUCGAGGACUACUGGAACGAGUACAAGAUCAUCCAGGAGACCAGGCAACUAGAUAGCUAUCUGGACGAGGAAUGCCCGCCGGAACAGGAGUUCAUUGGCGCUCACUUGCAGGAGGGCGCAGUGGAAUCCGAAUGGCUGUCGUCUGCCGGCCUAGCUUUCUUGACCGAAGCGUUUGACAAUGGUUGUGAGGUGCCCGAUUCGGAACUGGAACCGGCCAUCACACACCUUUCCACCAGACAGGCGGACGCUGUCAGACUCAGGGUCCGUUCGCUCAACCAUACGGUUCGGCAGAGGGGUAGACAACUUAAAGCCAGGCACAAAAAACCUGACAUCCGAGACGUAUUCCGAGAUUUCGAGAGUUUGAGUUCUAGCUCAAGGUCGAGAAGCGCUACCCCGGAUUCGGAUUCCAACAGUCCGCCAAUGUCAUGGACCCAAACAGAAAUAACAACACCAAUACCAAAGUACACUGAUCCGAACGUGGACUUGGGAAUUUAUUCGAAAAAAGAUGUUCGCCGAAUGCCAAGUGCGCCCGUGUUACCAUCCAGAGACAUAUUUCGCCGAAGCAACCGCAGUAACAACGGUAUCGUGGCGUCCGAAAGUGACGGUAUAACUAUGGUUGGGUUUCAAAGACUUGGCACCGUGCGCGGAUUCAAAUUUGAACAACGCCCUUCGACCGUGGCCAAAGACCGCAAUCGCAGUGGAAGCGACCCGCUUCACCUGUACUCGACUUCGCCCGAAGAGCAUACCAACACACCUAGUAUGGGCUUGGCCGUGCCCCAGUCUUCGGUCACUCGCAGCCACGGUUGUUUGUACGAAUCGUCCGACAACCAUCGGGACAGCUCGCAGUACGUGGGAUUCGAACAGAUGUGGCAAAACAACAACUACCGUCUGGAGAAAUCCUAUUCGUCCGUGGACGAGAACACCGGUAGAACUUGGCCAGAAUCGCUCAGCGACGAAGACUUGGCCAAGCUUCGACCAUUACUGUUUCUCGAGUUGUCGGCCAUGUUCGACAGUGCCGGAAUACCGUUUCACAAAGGCAAACCGCACAAGCGCAAAAGGAGAGAAGAAGGUACUAUUUUUGGCGUGUCUCUGUCGAACCUCGUCGACCGCGACCAAGCGAUCGCCAACCGCCGAGUCCAGGUGCCGUUGAUACUCCAAAAGGUCUUGGGACAGCUGGAGAAACGCGGCCUGGGCGAACAGGGUCUGUUGCGGAUGGCAGCGCCGAAAGCAAAAGUGGAGAAGCUUUGCGGGGCCGUGGAGAAAUACUUUUACGCCAAGCCCGACGAGGUGGAUCAGCUGCUGGAAAAGUGUUCGGUACACGAUUUGGUCGCUUUGUUGAAACGUUUGCUCAGAGACCUACCCGAGCUGUUGCUCACUCACGAGCUGAUCAAUUUAUUUUACCAGACCAGUUCCGUGUCCGACACCGUGAGGGCUCUAAACCUAUUGGUGCUAUUGUUACCUACCGAGAACAGGGCUUCGUUGCGGGCCCUCGUUCGGUUUAUGUCGAAAUUGGUCGAAUACCAGCAGAGACACGAUCUGGAAAACAAGAUGACCGAACACAACGUGGCGAUGAUCAUCGCACCGUCUCUGUUUCCUCCCAGAUCCGUACAUUUGGAAAAAAAAGACUUGCAUUCGCAUUUGGACCAGGCGGCUCGAAGCUGUCGCCUGACCGAGACUCUGAUGAACCACAUCGAAGAGUUAUGUUUAGUUCCUACCGAUCUCAUGAACCAGCUCAGGCACAACAACGAAAUUUACCAAUGUCGACUCAAAGAAAACAACAAUCCCGUAAGACGAUUUUUGGGCAAGAAAAAACCAGACGUCGUCACCAAGAGGAUCAACAACGAGCUGGACUAUCAGGAAGGUGUGAUCCGCGUGGACGCCCCUCAGUUCCGGAUAUCCGGCAUACCUUUAUUCUUGACCGACUCUACCACUGUCGGCGAAGUGAUACUCAAAAUUGUGGAAGAGGCAGCCAAGCAAACGGUGACCAAGAACGGUGUCGCCGUCAAGACGGGCCGAAAAGAUCUUAAAUCGAGAGCGCUGACGGAAUUGGCUCCAAACGGAAACCUGUCGUGCCUUCUGACCACUGCCGAUCCGGACAUGGCCACGAGAACUCAUUUCCUGUACGAGACCGGUGGAAAUAUAGGUCAACGCCGAAUAGAACCAACGGCCAACAUGAUGGCCGUCUACCAGACCAACCCUAACGCCCAAUGGUUCAUUAAAUGCGACCACAGAAACGGCAUCGCUCACGUAUGACACACACAUUUCAACAGUGGAUAUUAAUGUUUAUUGUGUUUUUUUUUUUUUUGUAAUAUUAUUAUCGAACUUCU